AUGGAGGACCCGGGCCCCAGGGCCCGCUGCCCGGUGCAAGAGCAGCGUGCCCGUUGGGAGCGGAAACGCGCCUGCACCGCCCGGGAGCUGCUGGAGACCGAGCGGCGCUACCAGGAGCAGCUGGGGCUGGUGGCCACGUACUUCCUGGGGAUUCUGAGAGCCAAGGGCACCCUGCGACCACCGGAGCGCCAGGCCCUGUUUGGGCCCUGGGAGCUCAUUUACGGCGCCAGCCAAGAGCUGCUUCCCUACUUGGAAGGAGGGCACUGGGGGCAGGGGCUGGAGGGCUUCUGCCCCCACCUGGAGCUCUACACCCAAUUUGCUGCCGACGCAGACAGGUCCCAGAGCACCCUGCAGGAACAACUAAAGAAAAGCAAGCAUUUCCGGAGGUUCGUGAGGCUCCAGGAAGGCCGCCCCGAGUUUGGGGGCCUUCAGCUCCAGGACCUGCUCCCUUUGCCUCUGCAGCGGCUUCAGCAGUAUGAAAAUCUUGUUGUUGCUUUGGCUGAAAACACAAGUCCCAACAGCCCUGACCACCAACAGCUCACACGGGCUGCGCGGCUGAUCAGUGAGACUGCCCAGCGAGUUCACACCAUUGGUCAGAAACAGAAGAAUGACCAGCACCUCCGGCGUGUUCAGGCCCUUCUCAGCGGCCGCCAGGCGAAGGGGCUCACCUCAGGUCGCUGGUUCCUAUGCCAGGGCUGGCUGUUGGUGGUGCCUCCCCGUGGGGAACCUCGGCCCCGAAUGUUCUUCCUGUUCUCUGAUGUGCUUGUCCUGGCCAAGCCUCGACCCCCAUUGCACCUGCUGCAGAGUGGCACCUUUCUCUGCCGGGCCGUCUACCCCAUGGCCCAGUGUCAACUCCAAAGGGUCUUUGGCCACUCGGGGGGCCCUUGUGGUGGACUGCUCAGUCUGUCCUUUCCUCAUGAGAAGCUGCUGCUUAUGUCCACGGACCGGGAGGAACUCCUGCGCUGGUACCACAGUCUGACUUUGGCCAUCAGCAGCCAGAAGAACUAGAAGAUUCUUAAGAAUUCCAGGACCCAGGAUACUUCAGGGAUAGGUCAGGGUCAGGAGCACAAAACUAAACAAAACAGAACCCUUCCUGGUUUGAGAAGGGUCAUUUUGUGUUUGCCUAGGACUGGGUUAUUUGACCAGCUCUUAAAAAUCAGGAAACCAAGUCUGACCCAUUUGAACCUUCACUGAACCAGCCCCUCCAGCACAGAAGAGAGGACUUGGGGCUGAUGAGCUUGGUGCUAUGUCUAUGGCCAGUCGUUUAUCAAGGCUAUGGCUUUGCAAAUGUGGCUAUUUUUAUAGUUUUAUUUUCCCACUGGAUUUAAGUAAAGUUUUUUUGGAAAGGCCUGUUUCAGCUAUGUGAUAUGAGAAGAGGGAAGUUUGUGCCUGGAGGCUGGCAUGACGGGCCUCAGGAGUACAAGGAGAAGAACUGGAGCUCCCUCUAGCUCCUCGGCUCUCACACUGGGAGGCAGCAUCUUUUUGUCCUAAUAAGGGAAGCUUUCCAAGAGGGGCCAGUUGUUCUUAGGCACCUAGUAUGGGUGUGCGUGUGACCAGCUGGAAUGGAAAAAGCACACAGGAGCAUCCAAUCACAAGAACAGACUUGGUUUUACUAAGCCUUCAGCUGUCGUCCCUCCUUCCCAGAGGGGGCUGGGACUGGGGCCCUUUGCCGCAGCCUUGCUGCAUCUUCUCCUUAGCCCCUGCUCCACUCCCCACGGAGCAGCCGGGUUCCUUGUCUCUAUGCUCCCAUGUAGGGGGUGUAGGGGCUCUUCCCAAGCCUGACCGUCACCAGCCUCCUCGUCCUCCUCCUUCGCGCACGAGUCCUCAGGAAAGGGCAUGCUCGCCUCUGUGAGGGGAAGACCAGGUCUGUCCCAGUUUCCGACACUUUGUCUCUACCGCCACCAGACUUUCAACCCCAGCCUGUUACCUGGUUCUGGAACCGCCACAUCCUUGCUGGGCUUGUUCUUUUGUAGCAGCUGGUGGAUGGUGUGUAACUUCAUGUUCAGAAGCUCCUGCUGUGCUCCAGCCAGGGUAGUCACCCUGUGGAUAGGUCCCCUCAGAGGCUGCCCAGUCUAUGUCCCCACUUCUCACCUGCCACACACUGCUCUCCUUACCGCUCAAAAAGGGGGUCUAGCUGGGCCAUCAGAUUGUUCAGGUGUUGUUCCGUCUGGGCCAGCUGUUGUGUCAACUGGGCCAGCUGUUGCUCUGGAGGUAAGGGAGAGAGGAGAGCAAUGGUUAGUCACCUUCUGCUGUCCCCCAACUCCCUACCAAGCAAGACGUCUGCCAAACCCACCUGACUGCAAGGAUUCCUUCUUGCCUGCUUCUUCUUGGAGAACAGGAGCCUCCUUUUUCUCCUGCUGCAGAAGGAAAUGGAGAUACUGCAACAAGGCUCCCACCCCUGUCUCCACAGCCAGUAAGAGGAGGAGGAGGAGAAUGUGAGGUAGAGAAAACUAUUGGAUUUUCACCUCAGAGAAUCACAAUCCCAUCUAGUCCAGCUCCUCAUCCAGGACAUGAAUGAAGCAGCCAGUCAGUACGCCCUCACAAGCGGACACUCAGUCUACUCUAACACCUCCUGGAAGAGAACAGCUCCCUCCAGGUUGAUAAAGCUCUGGUUGUUAGUUUAUAUACAAAGCCAAAAACUGUCCUUCAUGUAUCUUCUUUUCAUUGUGCUGAUAAGAGCCUUCCAAAAGCA